GAGGGGAAAAAAAAGUGGCAUCCGCGUGAGGAAGGCGAGCCUCCUGCAGAUCAUCAGCUUCUUUGGACUUGAACCGGCAGCUCUGUGAGUCGCUCUGCUGAAUCGGAUUGUGAUUCUUCAAGCCUGGAUUCAACCAUGACUGCAAACCUUUGGAUUUACCAGGUUUUGCUCUGCGGUCUGGUCAUUUUUCUGGAUACAGGGUGCUGUCGAAACCCUCGCCGCCAGUCUUUACAGAAGUAUGAAAAGAGCGAGGGCCACAUGCUGGUUUGCUCUGACUGUUCUCAGACUGCAGUGAUACAAAAGAGCCGCUCACAGGAACACUGUGCAAGAAAGUGCAGGAAGAAAAACUUCAACUGCAGAGCCUUCAACUUUCAAAGGCACAACAGGAAAUGCCACUUGCUUCCUUUUGACCGUUUCACCCACGGUGUGCAGAAGCAGGCCAACAUCAACUUCACUCUGUACGAAAAAAAAGAAUACAUCAGAGAGUGUAUCAGUGGCACAAAGGACAACUACAGAGGGAGGAGGUUUUGGACAAAGUCAAACAUCACCUGCCAAGCUUGGUCUGAUAAUAACAUCAAUGAGCACACGUUUUAUCCAGACAGGUACCCAACACAAGACCUGAGGAAAAACUUCUGCCGGAAUCCCAACAACGAUCCUGGUGGUCCGUGGUGCUACACCACAGACCCUAAUGUACGAGCUGAGGAGUGUGGCAUUCCACAAUGUUCUCAGGAGGUUUGUAUGAGCUGUAAUGGAGAGGAUUAUCGGGGUAAAGUGGACCAAACAGAAAGCGGCAAAGAGUGCCAGAGAUGGGACUCUAAAUGGCCUCAUGUACACCCGUUCCAACCCAAGAAGUAUCGAGAUAAAGACUUGAGAGACAACUAUUGCCGUAACCCUGAUAAUCGUCUGCGGCCCUGGUGCUACACCAUGGAUCCCAAAACUCCAUGGGAGUACUGCAACAUCACAGUGUGUGACUUAGACCCCAACGAGGACACGGAUGUCAACACAACGGUGUCCUGCAUCCAGGGGGAUGGCACAAAUUACAGAGGAACGAUGAAUAUCACCCCAGAGGGUGUGACAUGUCAGCGUUGGGACUCCCAGUUCCCUCACAAUCACUCUUUUCUUCCUGUAAACUUCAAAUGCAAAGACCUGAGAGAAAACUACUGCCGCAACCCUGAUGGGGCAGAUUACCCAUGGUGCUUCACCACAGACCCCAAUCAGAGGAUUGCCAAGUGCACUCAUGUCCCCAGGUGUGAUGCAGACGCUACACCAAAAAUAGAAUGUUAUGAAGACAAUGGAGAGAUGUACCGGGGAACCUUAUCAACAACUCGAUCUGGAAUUCCCUGUGCGGAUUGGUCACCUCAUCUAAACAGUGGGGAUUCUCACUCUACAAUAUCCCACGUAGGGCUGGAGAAGAACUACUGCCGGAAUCCAGACCGAGACAAACAUGGCCCCUGGUGUUACACGAGUCCAAAUAACCGCCUGGUCUGGGACUACUGCAAGCUGAAGCAAUGUGAAUCAGCAACAGUGGCUCCUCAACUAAACAAUCUAACUAGGCCCAGGAUAUCAUGCUUUGUGCAUAUAAACACCAGAAUAGUUGGAGGACAUGCAGUACAGGCUACAGACGGCAGCUGGGUUGUAAGCAUCCAAAGAAAGAAGGUUCAUUUGUGUGGUGGCUCACUGAUCAGAGAGGACUGGGUUUUGACCGACCAGCAGUGCUUUACAUCCUGUGUUCCAGAUCUCAGGGAUUACAGCGUCCAAGUCGGCCUUCUUCACCUUAACGAAUCUUCGAAGCGUCCCAGAUUGCAGAUCUCUCGUCUGAUCUGCGGCCCAGAGGGAUCCAAUCUGGUUAUGUUGAAGCUAGAGAGUCCCGCUCCAGUAUCAGAGGGUGCAUCAACCAUCCAUCUCCCGGUAAAAGAGUGUCACAUCGCUGAAGGCACCAACUGCACCAUGUACGGAUGGGGGGAAACAAAAAAUACAGGACCUGAGGAAACUCUAAACUCUGUGACUAUGCCAAUGGUUGACAAUGACAUGUGCUCACUAAUCAAAGGAGAUGCCGGAGAGAACAGGAUAUGUGCCGGUGGCAACAUAGGUGAAGGUGUAUGUGAUAGGGACUACGGUGGCCCGUUGGUUUGCCAGAAGCAUGAUCGAAAAGUUAUCAUCGGUGUGAGCAUCCCGAGGACAAAAUGUGCCUCCUCUCAGCCUGCUCUGUUUGUUAAUGUUGCUUUCUACUCGGAGUGGAUUUAUAAAGUGUUUAAACUAUACCCCAGUCUGCAGAGGAACUGACACCUUAGGGUGGGACAGACCUGUAACGGAUAGUAGGCGAGGCUGCCAAAGCAAUGAGAGUUUUUUCCAACCUGGAGUAGGAAUGAGGAAAAGCCACCUUUGGGAGAGUCACCACUUUUUUGGAGGACUUAAAAGACAGAAUGUGACUGUGUUAAAAAACUCGAAGAUCUGUUUUCAUUUAGGCAACAGUAGUCUUUGGCACAUGGACAGCGAAUGUUAAUGUCCCAACAUGUUCAGAUUUGCCGAAGCCUUUUGCAGACAAAGGAAAAAGCAAAAGACAUUUGAGUCAAAUCUGAGAGUAUUUCCUGGAAUGUACUUGAAACUGGUCUCUUUGACUGGCAUUUCUUUCAAUUUGUUUAGCUGGGCUACAAAUUGUUGUUUUUCUUUUAUAUUAUUGUUGUUUUUUGUCUCUCUUUUUUAACUUUAAAAAUCUUUUAUUGGAGGAAAAAACAAUAUUGAGAGUCCAAAGUCCCACAAUUUACAAAAUAGAUAACCUGUCAAAUAGGUUUAAUGUGACAGUUUGAAAUUAAAUUAAUUAAAUAGAAUCUAUCAAGACAUGUCAAAUAAAUAUGUGAUAAUUAAAAUCAGAGUAGAAAUAUGUUGUGUAAGAAAAUAAAGAAAUACAUCUAAAACUUAGAUGUUUAAAUCUUUAAUAAAAUAUCCAAUUGGGUAGCUUUAGUUAAACAAAUAUAAAGAUUUAAAAUUAUUUUGUUGCCUCAUAGAUCUGUUUGGGAGAAAAUUAUUUUUUAAGUUUUCUUUACCUGUCAAAGGUAAUUAUGUGAGUUAGGCCUGUUGUAGACGAUAUGAUUGGUCUGCCUUUAAACUGCUGAAUAAAACCAAUCAGAUGUGAACAAACAGAUUAAAAAUGUUUUAUGAGGAAUUUAACAUAUUAAAUAGUUCAAUUUUAAAAAAUAUAUAUAUAUAUUUUAAUUAGUGAUCAAAUCUGGUUUGACGUGUUUAUUAUAGUUUAUUUUAAAUAAUUGUGACACUUUUGGCUCUCAAUCCCGAACAUGACUCUUGUUUUCAGGUAUUUGCAUAAAAUGCAGCUGUUGGCUGUUUUAAUGUUACAAGCAUCAAGCAGAAAACUGUGGCAAACAUUAACUGAAUAAAAAUACAAGCAUGAAAAUGUCAUUAGAAAAUCCCUAAGGCUGCCUAUGAGAAAACAAGUAAGUCAGAAGUUUUAUACAGCCAAAGCUGUCAGCUUCUAACUCCUGCAGAGGUAGAAAAAUUGGACUUGGGAUAUAUAUAAAUCGCAGCAAUGAGUAGAUAGAAUACACAACAGUAGCAGCCAUGGCCAACCUGUUGGUUUUAAUUGUGUGCAGUAGCUGAACUACCUUUUCCCCAGUUAGCUGUAACUGUUAUUUUCCCCUGAGAGAGCGCCUAAGUAGGACUGAGCAAAACGCUCCACAUCUUGUGCUAAUAUUUGUAGCAUGAGAGAGAGAAGAGCCGUGCCAAAUAUAACAUGGCUAUUUGGUCUCCAGUUUGGAGGGAACUGUGGCCCCUGGUGGGCUGUGUGUGGUCAGUAGAAUAUUUUUUUGUUUUCUUAUAUAAAAAGUGACUGUGUGUACAGAGCAGCAGAUUUAUUUUGUUUCUGACAUGAUGUGAGAUUUUAUAGGUCUUAUAGAUCUGGAUUAUUGUUGGUUCACCGAGUACGGUCAGAUAGGCUUCUUUGAACUUUUGAUAAUGUGGAAUAUUUAAAGAAAAACCUUAGUAGGAUGUAAUAAUUAAUAUUUAUUUUUCAGUUUAGAAGAAGCAAAUUUUCCUAAUAGAGUUUGUAAUUUGAUGGUACGCUUACCUUGUGGUUUGUGUUAUAAACAUGGUAUGAAAGAGAUCGGGGAGCUUGGUGAAAUGUGAAGAACACAAAUAUACGGUUUACUAAGACUCUUCAAAGAGGCUAAGAUGGCUCAUCAGCUGCUAAAAUGUGCCUUAAAAAGCUUUAAUACAGAUUUUUAUCACUGUACAAUUAUAAAAAACCAUGUUACAUUAUAUUUCCAUCUCAGGCAUGUGCUCUCUAUGAUUUCCCACUUUGAUCCUUCAAACCAAAUGAGCCACUUUCCAUUUGAUCUCAGUUCUUUAUAAAUGAGGUCAUGUAAAAAGGACAAAAACAUUUCAGGAUGUUGGGAUUUGUUUUUCUUCUUUUCAGGACCUGGCAUGUUAUCCUAAAGAAAUCAAAGAUUUGUUGAUUUGACAUUCUUUACCUUUUGCUAGUCCAAAGAAAUGUCACAAUUCUUUGGCAUAUAAUCUGAAUCUGUUUUCAUGAAUAAAUAAGAGGCAACAACAUUCCAAUGGGAUUGCAAACUCAUAGCCGUGUGCAUUUCACAAAUAAAAUCACUGUCAUUUCAAAUCCAGAAAAAUGUGUUCCUCGGCAGACAGGUGAAACCAAAUGCCAAAGAAUCUUAGUUUUAAGGGAGUUUAGUUUCGACAAUGCCCUGAGAGUGUUGCAAAUGUUAUUUAAAUUAGCCUUAAGUAAUGUAAAUAUGUAAAUCAGAGUUGUACAUUUUGUCAAUAGCAUACUUAUAAAAUACAGCUGCUAUUUCUUUUUGUACCCAUGAUAUUUUCAGAUUUGUGUAUU